UUGUUCGACAUGAACAUGGCCGUCCCUGAGGCAGAGUGCGUGUCCGAUACGCCGAUUGAGCUGCGCAUCUACAGCCCACACGUGCCGGAUCUCACGAUGAUCGACCUGCCAGGCUACGUGCAGUUGAGCAGCCUGGAUCAGCCAGAGGAGCUGCGCGAAAAGAUCGAGAACCUAUGUGAGAAAUACAUCAAAGGCCCCAACAUCAUCCUUGCGGUAUGUGCCGCGGACGUAGACUUGGCAAACAGCCCGGCGCUUCGGGCGAGCCGCAAGGUGGACCCGCUCGGGCUCCGGACGAUCGGCGUCGUCACCAAGAUGGACCUCGUACCACCGGAGGAAGGAGCUGCGAUCUUGCGCAACAAUAAGUAUCCACUAGCCCUCGGAUACGUCGGUGUCGUUUGCAAGAACACCGCGAGCAUCUUUGCGGGCCGUCACGACAAGGAGGGCGAGGGAAAGAUCAGCAGUGCCGUCUUGCGACAGGAGAUGGAUUUCUUCGAAGCCAAUCGUGAGCACUUCAAGGCUCCCGCGCGCGGACGGUAUGCUGGCGUCGAGCCGCUACUGGGCACGGACCAGCUCCGUCGCCGCCUCAUGGCCGUGCUAGAGGAGAACAUGGGCUCCAAUCUGCACACUAUCGCGAAUGCCGUCCAGCUCGAACUCGAGGAGGCCUCAUACCAGUUCAAAGUGCAGUACAACGAUCGGUCCAUCACGGCUGAGAGCUACGUCGCAGAGACGAUGGAUGCGCUCAAACAUCGCUUCAAGGAGUUUGCGGACUCGUUUGGCAAGCCUGAGGUCCGCUCACUUCUUAAGCAGGCACUUGAUGACAAAGUUAUGGACAUCCUCGCUCAGCUCUACUGGAGCGAUCCGCGCACACCCGAGCUGUCCAAGCUAGCAGACGACCGGAAGCUGACCCCAGAGGAGUUGGAUCGGUUCUGGCAGUACAAACUGGAUGCCUCGACUAGCGCGCUGACCAAGGCUGGUAUCGGACGCAUCAGCACGCAGCUGGUGGUUGAUGCGAUUCGAGCGCAGAUCGAGCAGCUUGCGCAGACAGAGCCGUUCAACCACCACCCAGGCACCGCAGAGCGCAUCCUUGGCUUUGGCGCUGCGAUUCUGCGCGAUCGCUUUGGCCUAACCGCCGACCAGGUCGAAAAUUGCGUCAAGCCGUUCAAGUACGAGGUCGAGGUCGAACCGCGCGAAUGGGAGAAUGGACGAAGUAGCUCGGUCAAACUGCUCGAACGUGAGCUGAAGAUGUGCGAGGAAGCGUCGAACCGAAUUAAUCGCGCGAUCGGUAAGAAGCGGCUCCGUGGGGCCAUGUCGUACCUGGAAGAGCUUGACGAGCGGGAUCGGCGGCGGGCGGCGGCGCGGUUGCGCGCCAUCAAAGAAGCAGGAGAUGCAACGAGAUCACCGCAGGAGAAGCAACAACAACAGCAGGACGAAGAGGAUCCGCUCCGGCCAGACUACAACCCUGCUCUCCUGUCACGCGCACGCGAAGCAAUGUUUCUACAGACGCGAUCCGAUGUGCUCAAGCUUCGGUUGAAAGCAUUGCAGACGAAACGCUGCAAAAUCGGCCCGGAGAGCAAGGUUUUCUGCCCAGAGGCGUUCCUCAACAUCGUCGCGGAUAAACUAACAUAUACGGCAGUCAUGUUCAUCAAUAUUGAGCUUCUCGCCGAAUUUUUCUACCAGUUCCCGCGAGAGAUUGACUCGCGGUUAGUGUACGAUCUGGACAAGAAGGAGCUCUCGGCAUUCGCAAAAGAGAACCCGGCUGUGCGCAAGCACCUGGAUCUGCAGGAUCGCAAGGAGAAGCUGGAGCUAGUGAUGGGCAAGCUGGACACCCUUGUCAAGCUUUACCAAGAAAAGCAGGCGCCCAA